AUGUUUGAUUAUUCAAGGUCAUGUUGCGACACCUAUCAUUGUGGCAGCAUUCAUAAAAUAAGAGAAUUAAUCUUAAAUAUCAUUUCACAGAGUGAAGACCUUCGUGCUGUAUUAGAGGAAAUAAAUGUAGCAUUUCAAGAGAAUCAUCAAGCAGCACUUCAAUAUCAAGAGACGAGAGACAAGACCAUCUUCCCAAUGAUUGGGUAUCGUCAUGCACUUUUACAACGUAAUGUAAGAUGUGCUCUUGCCUACCUUUACAAUCGAUUACUUAAGCUGAAGGAAGUUCGAUGGCACUUGGGACCAACACUCAGUGCAGAUGUUAAAGAAGCUUUGACAGAGCCCGAAAUUCAAUGGUUCAAUAAUUACUCAAAACUUCUUGCAAACUACAUGAUGUCGUAUCCAAAUGGAAUCAAUUUAACAGCCAACAUUAAACCACCAAAAUCCCUUUACAUUGAAGUCAAAUGUUUAGCUGAUCAUGGCAAGUUGGAGUUGGAAAGUGGUGAAGUGAUUCUUCUUCAAAAAGACAGCAUUCAUUAUUUGCCAAGUUCAGAAUGUGAACAAUUAAUUAGACAAGGAAUUUUAGAACACAUCAUUAAUUAA